CCCAGCCCCCGCCUUGCAGCUCUGGUGGCGGAGGCGGCCGCGGACCUGCUGGAGGAGCAGCCGGCGGGGGGCGACAGGGAGCGGUACAGCCUCAUCUCGUGCUUCCGGGAGCUGCCCAGCAUCACCCAGCAGCAGCAGCAGCAGCAGCGGAGGGAGCAGCAGCAACACGCAGCGGCUGUCAUACCUCCCACAGCCGCCACCGCUGCUCCUCCUGCCGCCGCCGUGCCCUGCCCUCCUGCUGCUGCUGCUCCUCCCUCCCCCUCCCCCCCCUCCCCCUACCGCAUGCGCGCUGGCCACGCUGCCCUCGGAGGCCCCCCCGCCCCCUCCCCCGCCCUCCUCCCCGCUGCCCCCGCCUCCUGCCUCCCCAGCAGCAGCUGCCCUCGCCCCGCCCCCUGCUCAGCCCCUCCUCAUGUCGGAGCAAGGGCAGCAGCAACAGCCUCCCUCACCGGGGCAGCAACAGCAGGGGCACUUCGAGCGGCCACUUCCCCCCGCCUCCGUCCCUUUCUCGGCAACACCACUUCCCCCACCUGCUACCCCCUCCUGCGCCCGCUCACCCAGCCUGCCGCCCCCACCAAACACCCUGCCGCCGCUGCUGCAUGCUCCUAGCGGGGCGGGCCCUGCAGCGCCGCCCCUGCCGCCGCCCCUGGGCCCGCCUCAUGUGGUGUGCCGCAGCGGCGCUGAUGCCGCUGUGAAGGACGAGCCAGAGGCGCUCUUCGGCACCCAGCAGCAGGCUCCGUCCUCUCCCCCCCUCCCUCCCCCCUGCUCCUCCUCGCCGCACAAACGGCGUCAAGCCAUCAAGCGGG